GUUAGCCAACACUUGAAGCAAAAAGUACACAAUUCAUUCUUAAUUCGCAUUUUAUUUGUUUUAUUGUAAAACUUAAGCAUUAUGUCGGCUGAUGUGCGUGAUAUUUUGGACAUUGAGCGUGCAAAUACGCCAGAAGUUACUAGGGACUCGUUCCUCGCCACAAAGAAGCGCAAUUUCGAGCGCACAAAACAUGCCUCAAGGCGUCCUGAGGGAAUGCAUCGCGAGGUUUUCGCGCUGCUUUACACAGACAAGAAGGAUGCACCACCAUUGCUACCAACGGACACGGCACUGGGCAUCGGUGCUGGCUACAAACAGAACAAGGCUCGGCUGGGCAUGAAAAAGGUGCGCAAAUGGGAAUGGGCGCCGUUUUCAAAUCCGGCGCGCAACGAUGCCGCCGUAUUUCAUCAUUGGAAGCGUGUCAGCGAUGAUUCCACGGACUAUCCAUUUGCCAAGUUCAAUAAACAACUGGAGAUACCCAGCUACACAAUGACAGAGUACAAUGCACAUCUGCGCAAUAAUAUACAAAACUGGAGCAAGGUGCAAACAGAUCAUUUAUUUGAUCUAGCCAGACGCUUCGAUCUGCGCUUCAUUGUCAUGGCGGAUCGCUGGAAUCGCCAACAACAUGGCACCAAAUCCGUGGAAGAGCUCAAGGAACGUUACUAUGAAGUGAUUGCAUUGCUUGCCAAGGCCAAGAAUCAGUCAAAUGAGAAGAAAACCUUUGUCUACGACGCAGAACACGAGCGUCGACGCAAGGAGCAGCUGGAGAAGCUUUUCAAGCGCACCACACAGCAAGUGGAGGAGGAGCAAAUGCUAAUAAAUGAAAUGAAAAAGAUUGAGGCACGCAAAAAGGAGCGUGAACGCAAGACGCAAGAUCUACAGAAACUAAUCUCUCAGGCGGAUCAACAAAACGAGCACACUGCAAAUACGCCGAGCACACGCAAAUACGAAAAGAAACUGCAUAAAAAGAAGGUGCAUCAUCAGCCGCGUCCCUCCAAGGUGGACUCUGUGGUGAAUGCCAUUGAAAUAGGCAGCAGCGGCAUCAAGUUUGCUGAUCUUCGUGGCUCUGGAGUUUCGUUGCGCUCGCAAAAAAUGAAAUUGCCAGCGAAUAUAGGACAACGCAAGGUGAAAGCGCUGGAGCAGGCCAUACAGGAGCUCAAAGUUGAUCCAGCGCCGCCGCCUACAGAGGACAUUUGCACAUCCUUUAAUGAGCUACGUUCGGAUAUGGUGUUGCUCUGCGAACUGCGUACUGCGUUGUCCACAUGCAUCUACGAGAUGGAGAGCCUGAAGCAUCAGUAUGAGGCCGCUUGUCCGGGCAAGACGCUUAACAUACCGCCCUCAUUGGUGCCCAUCAAGACAGAGACGCUGGAGAAUAACGCAACUUAAUGCAGUUAAUACAGCGAACACAUUGCGUUUCCAUGAAAUCCACAACACAAUACGCACGGCGUACUAAUCAUUGUAACAAUAACAACAGCAGCAACAACAACAACAACAAUAGUCUAUGCGUAACCCGUUUUCUGUAUUCCACUCUCCAUAUUUGUAGAUGUGCGCUACUCCCAGUCUAGUUAGCUGUUAGCACGCCUCAAGAAUAAACGGAAUAAUAAUAAAUAAAAAAAAUGGAUAUACAGUCAUGUUAAAAAGUAUUGCCAGUUUAAAAAUCUCUCGAUUUAUGGCCAAUUUGAACUGAAUUGCUGACUGUAUUAUCAAUUAAAUUCAUAAUUCUCUUUUAA